CAUCUGAAUAGUUAAUAUUGGUGGAGCUGCUUCUCUGAACUCCAGUCCGUUUUUAGAGGAAAAACUAAGCUGCAAGAGAGGCGAUGGAUGCAGAAUGACUGAGGAUUUAGCUCGAAAUCCAGUACAGAAAGAGUACUAAGUGGCGUAAACUAUAGGAAUCGCUGUUGAAAACAAUAUGAAGGUCUAUGCAACGUACACGCGUAGAGCGAUUUAUAUUAGAUGAAGCUAGCAGCUAUCUGAGAAAUUAUUAUUGUUAUCAACGUUAAGUAAUGCGGCGGGUGGAAAUUAGCAGGUCCGCAGCGAUUCUGCUGUGUUUUUUGGGCUGCAAUGUCUGGAAAGCGGUAACCAAGACCUUACAGGAAGACAACGACGGCAAAGAGGUCACACUGAAAGUCCACCUGAGCGACGCAAGCACGCACCAGCCCAUCCCCGGCGCCGCCAUUGAAAUCUUCUCCAACCAGACCUCCUUCGCCGCAGAGACCUCGGGCGCGGACGGCAGCGCGUUCAUCAAAUUUCACUACAAAGUCGGCACCCUGUUGAUUGUCACGGCAACCAAGUCGGGCUACGUGCCAAACUCCGCCCCCUGGAGACCGACCAGAUUACCUGUGUUCUCCUCUCUCAGUCUGGACCUGCUUCCUGAGAGGGCGGCCACGUUGAUGGUGUACGAGGACGAAGUGCACAUCGUCUCUGGCUUUCCAGGUUUGCGGGUUCAGCCCAGUGUACAGUUCCAGAGGAGAGCGUUGAGCCUGCCAGCCAAUGGCAGCUACACCAACCUCACGGCCCUCCUAACUGUGGCGGGGUCGGCCUGGGAGCUGGAGCGCUUCCCCUAUCUGCAGGUCCUGGGUGGGAAUGGCACAGGGAACGACAGGUUUCAGCUGACCCCCAUCGCGGGCAUCAGCGUACACCUGCUGGGCGGCGGCGGACGAGAGCUGCAGGUCAGCCAGCCGGCCAGCGUCAGCGUCCCCCUGCCCGCCGACAGCGGCCUGAAGGAGAAUGACCACGUCCCCGCCUGGAGGUUCGACCCCAAACUCGGGGUCUGGCUGAAGAGUAGUUUGGGGUACGUGCAGAAGGAGGGGGGCCAACUCACUCUCAGCUACUCUGCUCCCCAGUUGGGGUACUGGGUCGUAGCCAUGUCCCCUCUCAACACAGGCACAGUGGUGGCGAAGGACAUCAGCACGUACCAUACCGCCUUCCUAUUGGCCAUCCUGGGCGGCAUGGCGCUCAUUCUCCUGUUCCUGCUCUGUCUGCUGCUCUAUUACUGCAGGAGGAAGUGCCUGAAGCCACGUCAGCACCACCGGAAGCUGCAGCUGUCCUCGGCUCUGGACGGCUCCAAGAGGGACCAGGCCACGUCCAUGUCCCACCUCAACCUGAUCAGCGAGGUGCACCUGGAGCUGGUGUCCACAGCCGCCGAGCCCGACCUGCGCACGCCCAUGCUCAAGCCUUCCUACGGCUCGUCUCGAGAAGACCUGCCCUCCCGCCACCACGACGGGGCCUCGCUCAACAACCUGGCCUCGCGAGCCUCCCUGCUGAAGGACUACCACAAGUCCGCCGAGACCUUCGCCCUCAAGGAGCCCUCGGAGGGCUAUGAGUCGCCCGCCCGGGACAGCUACCAGCGCAGCUACAGCUCCACCUCCUCCCAGCAGCCGUCCGGCAAGAGGGACCCGCAGGCCCAGGCCUCAGCCAGCCAGCUGUCCGCCUGCAGCAAGACCAGCUUCCGCGAGGCCGCCCAGCUCGCCUCCGGCACGCUGGAGAAGGGCCCCUUAGCAGAGCGGAGGGUGGCCGACUACCUGCUCUCGCGGUCGGUGGACCACCUGGAGCGGCCCACCACCCUCCCCCGGCCAGGGCAGCUGCUGUGCUGCAGCUCAGUGGACCAGAUGACGGAGGGGGCGUACAGGAAGGUGCGCCCCACGCUGGUCAUCCCGGCGCACUACAUGAAGCUUCCCGGGGAGCACCCCUACGCCGGCCAGCCCCUGCUCCUGCAGACGGACCAGCAGAGCGACCUCGAGACCAUCCAGGCCGAGUUGUCGGCGUCCCAGAACCCCCCGGGGCCGCCGAGCUCGGAGCCGGCGCGGCUGGGCUCCCGUGACCCCUCGGGCCGCGCCCUCCCGGACCCCCGCGACGGGGAGUGGACCCUGCAGACGGCCUCGGUGCCCGAGUCCCUGUCCAUCCCCACGUCGCUCAGCGAGGCCGGCCUGGUGCAGAUGAACGGCGAGGACCAGCUCCUGGCCGAGAAGACGCUGAUGGAGCUCCGUGGGGGCAAGCCGCUGCCCCACCCGCGGGCGUGGUUUGUGUCCCUGGACGGCCGCUCCAACGCGCACAUCCGCCACUCCUACAUCGACCUGCAGCGGGCGGGGCACAGCAACAGCAGCAACGACGCCAGCCUGGACUCCGGCGUGGACAUGAACGAGCCCAAACUGGGCCGCAAACCCCGGGAGCGAGGGCGGGAACGAGAGCGGGAACGAGAGCGGGAACGAGAGCGGGAACGAGAGCGGGAACGGAAGGCCCCGCCUGCCACAGCCUACACCCAGCUGGUGUACGUCAACGACGCGGGGCCCGACGGCAGCGAAAACGGGACGCCCCAGUGCAGCCCCGAGGACAAUGAUCUGGGGCCCCUGUUGCAGGAAGCCCCAGGCCCUAAGGAGGUGGAGGUGGAGGUGGAGGUGGAGGUGGAGGUGGAGGAGGCUCCGUCACCUCUCCGCAAGGAGGUGGAGGAGGUGGAGGAAGGAGAGGACGCAGUGUUCAGGACUGAGCGCACCCUGCCGCAGGUGCAACUACCCAGCAGCCCCCAGGGCGACACACCCGGUCACGACGACAGCGGGGAGGACGAGAACAAAAAGAGCCCCUGGCAGAAACGAGAGGAGAGACCACUGCUGGCCUUCAACCUGAAAUGAGCAGCUCCCAAACCCCCAACCCCCCAACCCCCGAGCCCCAACCCCCAACCCUGACCAUUUGACAUGGACAGAAUUUAUAACCGCUGCCAAAUAUGGCAUUCAGAGAGUGCUAGUAAGAAAACAAGCAUUCUCUAAGCAAAAAAAGAUAAACAUUUUAUGCACAACUACUAUGCCUUUUUUACUGAACUGUACAGAUGAGCAAAAAUUAGCUGUAGGCUAAAAGAGGACAGGACACAUAGCUUUAUAUCUGUCUUAAGCUGCAGCUUGAUCAGAUAAUGUGACAUACUCUCAUUUUGACAUGUACUUGUGCGCAAGAGGUAGCAUUUGGACAUCACUAACAUUAAAAUGGAAGAAAAAGGUCAACGUGCGGCUUAAUUUUAAGGGUUUUUUGAUAUUGAAACAAAAAGGUAUGUUGCUUUAAAAGACAGCUGUGCAUUGCUUUUACAGUAUGCAGUUGCUUAAGAUGCCUUUUUUUGUCAUUUUAAGAAGUAAUUUUGUGUUCCUUUUUUUUUUUUUCUGCCUUACAGUGAGAGGGGAGCCAAAACACUAUGUGCUCCUCUUUACCUAAAACCAAACUGAGUUCUGUGUGUCAUCAGUCCUCAAGAAUCUACUUCCAUGUUUUCCAAGUGCCUUGUGAAUAUCAAAAUGUACAGACCCAGAAUCACUCACUACUGCUUUGUUUUUCUUUUUGUCUUUUAUUUUCCUCUGUAAAGAGCUUUACCUUUUUUCUGACUGGACUGCAUGUUGUAAAAUGGCUGCCAACUCAUUUCCUUUCCCCCAGCGUUUUCUGUGCUUUCCACUCCCCUCUUCAGUUGUAGAUGUGGAUUCUGUGUGGCAAUAGCUAGACUAGAACAUGAAAACAGUAGUGGAGUGGCAGGUAAAAGAUCGUUUUUUUGUGUGCGUUUGUUUUACAUAAGUACAACCUCAUAAAAUGACUCAAGGCCCAAGGGGCAUACCACUGUAUGGUUCCUAAGUGUGAAAGCUGUGUUUGUGAAAGGCACCAUUACUUUUCUUUCCUUUCUUACCAUGGUAACUGCUGGGAUGAGUAUAUUGUGCUCUGAAUGUUUAAAACUGUUAGCUUGUAUGAUAACUGAGGCUUAUUACUCUGAAUAAACUGAGGUGAAUGAAUUGCA